UUCUUAAGCCUCUUCUACCCACCGCUUUCUCCCGCUCCUCUCAAUUCCGCCCCCGCCGCAGCCGCCACCUCGUCAGCCGUUACUACCUUGUUUAAGGUCUGUCAAAUCCUUUGUAGCCUUUUUUUUUUUGGGUGCCCAGAAAUUGUUUCUCUUUUGAGUCUAUGUCGUUACUAGAAACAAUCAUAAAAGCUUCAUCCGGCCUGGCUCGGCCGGAUUAUGAGUCAGAGUACCCUAUAGUUCUGAACCCAGACCCCGUUUUCCUGAACCUUAAGCCUGAAAAUGAGGACCCAAUUGAUAGAAUACUAGUUAAAAAGGAUGAUGGUUGGCCGAUUGCGCAAAAUGAUGCUGAAAGAAUUGAAUUAGGCCGAAAUUUCUUCAAGAAGUUGAGAAGAAAGCUGAAGAAUGCUAACAGUUUCACUAAAGAUGAGUUUUUUGAGAUGUUCAAUCCAUUUUUGGAGAAAAAUGGGGAGAUAUUAGGAAUUUCGGCUGAAAUUGGAAGGCGGGAGGUAGGUUAUAGUGUGAAAUUGGUUGAAAAGGUGGGAUAUUUAAUGGGGAGAGAUGUGAGGGGCUUAAUUUUGGAGGCUUGUAUUGUUUUGGAGCUCUGGGAUGUUUUGGAGAGUUUGAUUGUUAAUAAGCUUGUUCUGCAUUCCUGUGUUUCUAAUUUGGUUAAUAAUUUGAUUGAAAAAAGGAGGUCUGAUUUGAUUGUGUUGUGCGUUAAGCACAUCGGUGACAUUCAGACUUACGAAAUUAUGUGUAUUUUGAAGUAUUUUUUGUGUCCCUCAAAGGAGGGGUAUGAGAGUAUGGUUAGUGUGAGGAAGGAUUGGGAGAGUCAAGCAUUGUUAGCUAUUGAAAAGGUUAGUGAUAAGAAUCUUACUGGGAAGAAAUUGAGUGUGGCAAGGGAUGCUUCUUUGUUGAUUAUGGUGGCAUAUGAUGGAUUCUCGGUAUCAGAAUUGUGCUUGCAUUAUUUGCUAGCGUCAAAGAAUGUUGAUGAUGUGAUAUUGGCAUCUUGUAUUAGUAAGUUGAAUGGUUUGGAAAUGAUGAGUUUGAUUCAGUAUUUGAGCAAGUGGUUGAACAAGUAUGAGAGGUUUCCUCAAGUGAGUCCCUGUCCAAAGGCAUCUUCAUUGUUGGGGCUGAAAGUUUGUGAAUGGAUUCCAAGUCUUCAAGACGUUGUCAGGUGUCUUGGUUUGGUUAUAGAUGAGCACUUUUCUUCUUUGGUUCUGCAUCCCGAGUUUCAUGAGGAGAUGAGAUCCUUAGGAGGACUGGCUAGUUCUUUAGCU